UCCGUGUUCUGCAAUGGGCAGUCAUCACAAGUGUAACAAGUAAAGCAACAUUAAGCACACUAAAAUUGCAUUUUUUUCUCUCGGAAUGUCUUAUAUGGACAGUAACUGGAGGGAUCUUGACGCUAGGAGAAGUGAUGGAUUACCACUGACAACAAGUAGCAAUGAUGCAGCAAAAAUGUUUGAUGCUACCCUAACACAGUACACAGGAUGGUAUGACUGACAACAAUGUCAAUGGAAUUGAGGGCUCUGUCUCGAAGGUAUUAGCAGCAGAUCCCAACUUUGGCCGUAAUGGGUCAUGUGAUCUCGUGUGGCUUAGACCUGAUCUCAUCUGGAAAAGGAAUCCACACAGAUCAAGAGCUGAAGAGCAGCAUGCUGUCCCUUAAAGGGUUAGCUGCCAGGAGUAACAUCACAAACAGAGAGAGACUGCAUGUCAAGGCAGUCAAAGAAUGGGCAAAAGGAUAUCCUCACGGAAUGUACGCGUUUGGCCUGAUAGAAACAGGAUUUUACAAAAAGGCGGAGAAGCAUGCAGGUCUUGAAUUGAGUCCAAGAGAUUGCUGGAGCACUCAUGCAGAGGCUCAUGUCAUAGAAAUGGAAGGACGUCAGGAUGAUGGAAUUAAAGUCCUUAGCACGACCUUGAAUGACUGGACUGGAGAACAUCAAGCCGCAUUGGACAUUUAUGACGAGGAGGUUGGGAAACGUUGCCAUUCUGGUGCCAUGCUUGACUUAGUGGACGCUUCCUCACUGCUCUACACACUUCAGAUGGAAGCUAAUGAGAUAACACGUACCUGCAGAUGUGUUGUUUUCAAUGAUGUUCAUGUGUUGAUGUGUACAAUGGGAGCUAAAAAGGAAGAUGCAACACUAACUCUAAUGAUGUCACUUAGAGACUUUGUUAGGGAUGGCUCAGGAACAAAUUGCGAAGUACCUAGAGAGAGCGGCACAUCUUCAACUUAUUCCUGGUUCAGGCUGCUCUGCAUUCAUCGCGAACAGAGCACCAUCACUUGGCAAGGAGCAUAUUGACAGAGAGAAAGGCAAUGAAAGAAAUCGCUCCAAUGACAGACUGACUCAUGGGGCAGGCCCUUGCUUUACAUGUGGAGUAAAAUCGGAAACAGACUCUUAAAAUUCAAAAUCGGAUGGAUAACGCCAACACAGUCCGCGUCAAAAUAAUGGCUCCACAAUAUUCGCUUAAGGAAUUCAAUUCACGAUAGGAACUCACCAGCUGGCCUGUAAUUUCACUCUACGUUCAUUUGUGUUUAAAAGUUUUCCAUCCAGUAAGUCGAAAGUGGUCCAGAGCUGAGAUUGAUUCCUACGAUUCUCUACUCACUGUUUGAUCCUCAUUGGUUGUCAAUGGUUUUCUCGUGAUCACCUUCGUUCUUAGGAUACUCUCUCUUACCAGAUAACCCUGGUAACAAGUUUGCUUUUGGAUUUGAUUUCUCGACAUUGAGUUAAAAAGUACUCUUAAAAUUUUAUUUUGGUUGAGAAAUCAGCGAACUCGUCGUAUAAAGGAUUAUUAAAC